AUGCAAGAAUUUUUACCAAGUAAUGGAGAGUAUUAUAAUGAUGCGCAGUUACGAGCAUGGAAUCAUAACAACGGUUAUUAUACACCACAUCCAAUGUUUAAUGAAAAUGUUUGGGCACAACAGCAAAUGAUGAAUGCCCAAAAUCAACAAUUUUCGGCAGCGAGAAUGGGUGAUACUGGUGGGGGUACAGGAACUUGGCCAGCUAAUCCCCAUAGUCAACUAGGCUAUGUACAACAUCCUUCAGUAGCGAAUCCUUCUCAGAUGUCAAACGGAACAAUAAAUGGUGUUUAUUCAUCAAAAAUGUCUCAAAACUAUGCUGCUACACAAAUGACUUACAAUGCACCAUCAUCGAAUACUGUUUUAAACCAAUAUCCACCCACGAAUUAUAUAGAUCCCUAUGGAAUGCAUUCAUCACAAGCUGCUGCAAUGCAUCAACAACGAAUGAUACAAGCAAUGUCGAAAGGUAGCUUGGGUCCUGUGGCAAGCUACCAUCAAACAUUGUCGAAAAAUUCUCGUGCAUUACCCUAUCCUACAAAUCCACAAGUUAUUGUUAUGAAUAAACGCAUGUAUUCAUCUACAGCGUUAAAUGCAAUGAAUCCAACCGCGAACCAAUACACACCACAACAAAUACAAAUGUAUCCUAGUUAUGAUGUUCCGAAUAAUACAAAUAAUAUGCAACGAUUAGCCAGACUAAAACAGCAGCAAGCUGCCUAUCAAUAUGUCCAACAACAAGAGCAACAACAACAACAAAUGCAACAACAAUCGCUGUCAACUUCUACAUUACCAUCUGCAUCAACAACUACUACAGUCACUUCUCAACAAGAACAAGCAACUGUUCCUCAACAAGUACAAUCAAACGUUGUUGUGGCAAAUAAUCAGCAAUCAAGCACACAACCAUCGAGAAUGUCAUCGUCUACUCCGGAUCCCGUUUCAAAUUACAUUGCCCCAACUCCACCUGCAACACCUUAUAAUAGUCAGCACGAUGGGAAAUUAUCCGCUAAUACUAAUAACAGUGCCCGACGAGAAGACAUUCGAAUUACACUCCCUUUACCAAAUGCUGUAGUGGUAUCUCCGUUUCAAGUGCCACAUGACAAUAACAGUCCAAAAGAAAAUCCUCUUGAAUUCGAUCUGCGAGGUGACAUUUACAAUAAACUAAAAGCAACGCAAGAUUACGAUAUUCAAUUAAAAUUUUAUUCAAAGGAGGAUCUAACUCAAGCUCCAUUUUGGCCCAAUUGUGUCAGUAUAACAGUGAAUUGUCAACCAUUACAUCCUGAACGUAAAUAUCAUUCAUUAUAUUUUAAACAAUUUUGUAAACAAGGAGUAAACCAACUAAUCAUUACAACAACGGGGUGUAUUUUGAAACACAAUUUUAAUCUGAACGUAGCUGCAGAUGGUACAUUUGGUGAUGGUAUUGAGCCAAUGCAAACUAAGCUACCGUUGAAAUGCCCGAUAUCAUUACAAAGAAUUGGACUUCCAGCACGUGGCAGGCAUUGUACGCAUAUACAGUGUUAUGACCUACAUUCAUUUUUAAUCCUUAAUUGUGAAAGAAUUGUAUGGCUUUGUCCAUUAUGUACUAAACAUUUAACACAUGACAUACUUGAGGUUGAUCAAUCGUUAUGGUCUAUUUUGGACAAUAAAGCAAGUGAGGAUAUUGAUGAUAUACUAAUGGAUAUUCAUGGUAACUGGAAACCAUUGAUCAACAGGAUGUUAAAAUAUCUGUCACACACUCAGCAGCAACAGUACCAACAGCAUCAGCAAUACUCAACAAUAAAGGAUGAAUCUACAACAAAUCCACUGUACACUAUUACUAAUGCUUCUACACCGUUGUUAAACGAAUAUAAUGUGAAAACUUCUAUGAAAUAUCAACAGUUAACACCCAACACAUCAUUGCCAACAGUUCAGUCAUGGCAAAUGAAUUUGCCUUCACCAUACAGUCCAAGUUUGCAUCAAUCAGAAAACAUCAGUCUAUUUAGUGUUCAACAAUCACCGUUACAACACCAACAAUUCACGAGCCCAGUCAGUAAUCCCGGUACACCAAGCAUGUUACAUGGCACUGAAUAUAGUACUGUACCUUGUCUAUCAAAUCAUCACCCACCAGGAUCUGUUAAUUCAAUAACAGAUGCUUUGUGUCCAGGCGAAUCAAACGAUCGUCGACUGACACCAGGACCGCCAAGUGUAGGAACAUCAAAAGUGCCUUAUCAUCAAAAUGGUUUUCCUCACACACCUCACACGCCAUCAAUGAUGCCAUCUACACCGAAUCCAUUAUCUGCUCCAGCUACACCGCAAACAGCUGGACCACGCUCUGUUGCACCACUUCCAAACAAUAUUCUGUCAACAACCUCAAUGUCUUCGACUGAAUAUCAAACUGAUCAAACCCAACAGUCUAUGCCAACAUUGCCAAAUGAUAUUCAACAACAACAAGAAUUUCACUUUUAUGACUCUCAUCCAACGAAUAAUAUCAAAUUAAAUGAGCCAGCAUCAAAUCAAGAUCUAACAAGCAAUGCUACUAAUACUGAACAAAAAGAUCUUAAAACUAUUCAUAGUGAUCUGGAUGCUUACUUUAACGAUACAAAUAAUUUUACUGACGACAUAACUUCGGAUUUAUUGGAUGAUAUAGAUGAUUUAGCUGAAACAUACCUUGGUUCAUCUACAACUACACCAAACAUUACGACAGCGGACGAUUUACUUAUUAAUUUGUUAUGUUCUGAUGAUGUGAUCUCUUCUACUUCUACUACACAAAGUUGA